UGAUGAUGCUAUCUAGAGAGUACUCUUUGCUCCACUAUCUCUAGCUACUUAAUCUAAUCAUAAAAAACUUCCCCACCUAUCUUUUAACAUCAAGUCAGUCUUUACAUCAUUAAAUUUCUAACCAACACUUCUCAACCACAAUUACAAACUAUAAAGACAAAAAACCUAAUCAUAUCCUAGUACACAAUUUUCAAAAUGGACUACUUAGUUAUGAUGAAAAAUUACUCUCUCUUUAUCUCUCUCUUGAUAUUCAAUUUAGGAUUCUUAGAAGCUCAAACGGUUCCUGCUGUUUAUGUGUUUGGAGACUCACUUGUUGAUGUUGGAAACAACAAUUACUUGAAUGGUACCUUUGCAAAAGCUAUUUUUCCUUACUAUGGUAUUGAUUUUCCAACUAAGAAACCUGCUGGGAGAUUUUGUAAUGGCAAGAAUGCUGCUGAUUUGAUUGCUGAAAAGGUAGGAUUGCCCACUUCACCACCUUACCUCUCCUUAGUAUCUUCUAAGGUCAAAAACAGCAAUAGAAAUGUAUCAUUCUUGAAUGGUGUUAACUUUGCCUCUGGAGGUGCUGGAGUCUUUAAUGGCACAGAUCAAAGCUUUUGGAAAUCAAUACAUAUGACAAAGCAAGUGGAGUACUAUUCACAAAUGUAUGAACAAUUGGCUCAUCAAAUAGGAGCAUCUACACUUCAAAAACAUGUCUCAGAGUCCAUUUUCUUAGUUGUGAUUGGAAACAAUGAUAUCUUCGAUUACUUUAAUUCAAUCGAUCUUCAAAAGAAUAACACGCCGCAACAGUAUGUCAAAUCCAUGGUUUCUUCAUUAAAACUUCAACUACAGAGAUUAUACAAAAAUAGCGCAAGGAAAUUCGAGAUUGCUGGUGUUGCUGCAAUUGGAUGCUGUCCUGCGUUACGGCUCAAGAACAAAACUGAAUGCUUCUCAGAAGCCAAUUUAUUGUCUGUUAAAUAUAAUAAAGAGCUUCAAUCUAUGUUAAAAGGAUGGCAAUUGGAGAACAAGAACUUAAGUUACUCAUAUUUUGAUACUUAUAAUGCCAUCCAAGACCUCAUUCAGAAUCCAACUUCUCAUGGAUUUGUAGAUGUGAAAGCUGCAUGUUGUGGAAUAGGUGAACUGAAUGCUGAGUUUCCAUGUCUACCAAGUGCAAACAUUUGUAGCAAUAGACAAGACCAUAUUUUUUGGGAUUCAGUUCAUCCUACUGAAGCAACUACUCGCAUUAUUGUGGAUAGGCUUUAUAAUGGACCUUCACAAUACACAUCUCCUGUUAAUAUGAAAGAGUUACUUCAUGUGUCAAUUGCCAAAUCAAAUUUUCCCUUCAAUUUUUUCAUUUUGUUGAGUUUGAUGGUUACUUGUUAUCAAAUAAAAGCAAUGUAGAACAUGGAAAGAAAGAAAUUGUAUACAAACAUGAGUUAUCAUGUGAAAUGUGAGUGUGUGACAGAAAUAUAAAAUUAGAAGAUUGAUUGAUGAAUUUGUUAUAA